AUGGUUUUUGAAAAUCCAAGUACAUCGACAACAAGCAACGAAGAAGAUGAUGAAAAAAAAAUAAAAUUUGUAACAAAUCACAAUAAUAAAAGUAAUAAUGAUAUAAAAUCAAUAGUUUCAAAACAACAUGAAGAAGAAUAUGAUUUAUAUGUUGCUAAAUCAAAUCCAAGUAUUCAUUUACAAAAUAUUGAAGAUGGUCAUAGAUUAAGAAAAGCUUUAGAUCCAAGACAUGUUAGUACAGGAAGUUCAUUAAGAACAGCAGGUCCAGCAGCAAUUUUAAUAACAUAUUCAGUAAUUGGAGCAGUAGUAUAUAUAGUAAUGACAGCAUUAGGAGAAAUUUCAACAUUUAUACCAAUGCCAGGAUUUGCAAAUUAUGGUAAAAGAUAUUGUGAUGAAGCUUUGGGUUUUGCAUGUGGCUAUAAUUAUUUAAUUAAAUAUUUAAUUUUACCUGCUAAUCAAAUGACUGCUGGUGCUUUAACUAUUCAAUAUUGGAUUGAUAGAGAAACUGUUAAUCCAGGAAUUUGGAUUACAAUUUUUUUAAUUAUUAUUAUGGGUAUAAAUUUUUUAGGUGUUAGAUUUUUUGGAGAAAUUGAAUUUUGGUUAAGUAGUGUUAAAGUUUUAACAGUAUUGGGGAUCAUAUUAAUAUUAAUAAUUAUUGUUUUAGGUGGAGGACCAACUGGAGAUAGAUUAGGUUUUAGAUAUUGGGAAAAUCCUGGUGCAUUUAUUGAAUAUGAAAAUUUAUCAAAUAAUUUUAUUAUUGAAGGUGAUAAAGGUAGAUUUGUAAGUUUUAUUGCUGUAUUAGUUUCUGCAGUUUUUGCUUAUUUAGGUACUGAAUUAGUUGCUAUAACAUUUGCAGAAACAAGAAAUCCAAGAAAAGCAAUUCCUAAAGCUAUAAAAUUAACAUUAUAUCGUAUCUUGGUAUUUUAUAUUUUAUCAAUUUUAUUUGUUGGAAUGGCUGUAUCAAGUAGAGAUUCAAAUUUAAUGGGAGCAAGUGGUACAAAUGCUGGUGCAAGUCCUUUUGUUAUAGCAAUUAAAAAUGCUCAAAUUAAUGGAUUAGAUCAUGUUAUAAAUGCAUGUAUUUUGAUUUUUGUAUUUUCAGCAGCAAAUUCAGAUGUUUAUGUUUGUAGUAGAGCAUUAUAUUCAUUAGCUGCUGAUGGCUAUGCACCAAAAAUCUUCACAAAGACUAAUAGAUUAGGAGUUCCAUAUUAUGGAUUAGGAUUAUCAUUGUUAUUCAGUUUAUUAGCUUAUAUGAAUGUUAGUAGUGGAUCAGCAGAAGUAUUUGGAUAUUUUGUUAAUGUUGUAAGUUUAACAGGUCUUAUUGCAUGGUCAUGUAUAUUAAUUUUCCAUAUAAGUUUUAUGAAAGCUUUAAAAGUUCAAGGAUUUGAUAGAAAUAAAGAUUUAGUUUAUAAAUCUCCAUUUCAACCAUAUGCUUCCUAUAUUGCUUUAUCAAUUUGUAUUUUAGUAAUUUUAAUUAAAAAUUUUACAGUAUUUUUAGGUGAUGAAUUUGAUUAUGAGAAUUUUAUAACAGGUUAUAUUAUUUUACCAGUAUUUUUUAUAAUUUUCUUGGGUUAUAAGUUUUGGUAUAAAACAAAAUGGCUAAAAUCAAAUGAAGUUGAUUUAGAUACUUUUAGAGAUGUUAUAGAUUCAGAAUAUGAACAAUUUAAAGCUGAAGAUGCUGAAAGAAAAGCGGUAAGAGAAGCUGAAGGUAAAAAAUAUGAUAAAGAAUGGUUCUAUGAUAAAUUUUUAGGUUGGAUUUUUUAG